AUGGCCGUUCUCGCUAUCCCCUCCAUUGGCUGGCAGCCCCAGCCCACGUCGCAUUCUGACCGCUGGCCCCUCAACAAGACGCUUCCCAUAUUAAAGUUGCCACCGGAGCUUCGCCACAUCAUCUGGGAGUUCGCCCUCCCGGCACCGCGCAUCUACGAGGUCCUUGAUGGCCCCGAAGCCAAACAAAAGACGCCGGCUGUCGACGGUCUCUUUUUUGCCAAUGUCCGUUAUGAACCCCCGCCGAUACUGGCGGCCGUCUGCCUCGAGACCAGGGCCUUUACCUUGCGCCGUUUUCGGGCCCUCACCUUGUCCGGGAUCACCAAAUAUGUCGAUCUCAGUCGCGACAUUAUCCUCCUCGAGCCAUAUUUGUUGGUCAAAAGGCUCCUCCGGACGCUGCAGUUCCUCAUCCAGGUCCCCCUGGUGCGAAACAACCUCACGUGCCUCGCCCUUGGCACAUCCUACGGCAUGAACACGAGGUUAACCCAUCCAGUCCUCGGCAAAGAGGUGUUGGAGACCAACAUCGGCGUCCUGCUGUCGCGCCUCUCCAAGUUGCCAAAGCUUAAAAGGCUUCUAUUCAUCGUCCAUCAGGAGUUUCAGUUCGAAUGGGACUUGUCUACUGCAGAGCCACAGCUGCCACCACUAUUUCUGCUCAGGAGUAUUCCUCCGGGAUCGCAUGAUGCACAUCGAGGCUUCCGAUUCAAGCCUGCUUAUGACCUGCACAGCAACAACUAUUUCUUGCGUUCCAGAGGGCAGCAAAUGCAUCUCUCGAGACGAAACACCCUGGCAAAGCCACAAUCAGACGCGAGGCGCUGCCGGCUGUUGAAGGUGCCUGUCUGCUGUGGCGCUACCAAUCUCAGCAUUCCCGAGCACAUGACGAUUCGAUUUUAG